AUGCUCUCGACUGUUGUGAGGGCCAGCGUUCGAAUUCGAGCGCGUCUUGCUCUACCCGCGGCAACGCAAUGGACACGCUCGAAACAGACAGUGGCUUCUCCUUCUGACCCUGUGAAGAAGCGGGCUCCCUCUGAUCCCGAGGAGCACGAAUACCACUCAACAGUGGUCAAUGGACGCGGCAGCCUCACCCCUUUCCGGCACCCCCAAACACACGGAAUACCUGUUGCGCUCAUCCAUUUCCGUUCUUAUUUCCCUCCCCUCCUCGCUCUUUUUACGCACUUCGCCUCGCACGCUGCUGCGUCGCUUGGAAUCCCUGUGUCCGGUGUUGCAUCACUCCCCACCCAGCGUUCUAUGUGGACUGUCCCACGAGGACCAUUUGUUCACAAAAAGUCGCAGGAAAAUUUCGAACGUCUGGUGCACAAGCGUGCUAUCAAGGCGUUUGACGCCGACCAGGAGGUUGUGGAUCGGUGGGUCAAAUACAUGGAGAGGCAUGCCAUGCCGGGCGUUGGUAUGCGAAUUGUAAGGUGGCACAGACUACCUGUAGGGGUGGGGAAGAAACGGAUGGACAUGAUGGUAGAGCAGAUGAUGCCUGGUCAUCUCACAACAAAAAAGGAGGUCGAGGCAGUGGGGCAGCAGAUUGUCAAAGAGGAGAUGCAGUCUAUCGAGGGCAGCUCUGCGACACUACCGGUCAUUGAGCGCUCGUCGUGAUUUAUCAAAGCACUUAUACUAGACUAUGUGACUGCACUACAUAUUAUGAGCCUAGUAGCUUAAAAAGGGGGGCAAUAGUCGCUGCAUGCUGAGAGACU